AAAUAUUUCUUUUAAUUAUAGGGAAACUAAGCUGCAAUUGGUCUUUGUGGAACUGUUCAACACCGAACGCUUAUCGGAUAGUGUGGAACAUCUAAGAAAAACCCUGCCUCGGUUUGGACACUCUUUAGUUUCAGAUCGCAGAGGCUCGCUAUGGAUGUUUGGCGGAUAUUCCUUAAGUCAUGGACCGCUAAACGACAUCCGAAUGUUUGAUACCAAAAACAUUAGCUGGAUGCAAGUCACAGUAGAGUCAACACCGGACGCUAGAAUGCCACAAGGUAGAUAUUUUCAUGGAGCAGACAUCGUUCAUUCAAAGCAAUCGAUUUAUGUAUAUGGUGGAUUGACCAAGCCUCGUCGUAAUCCAAUAAAUAGAACUCUGAACGACUUCUGGCAAUUCGACAUACAAAAUCAGAGAUGGAGUCAAAUACAGGAUAUAACGGAGACGACACAAUCUCUCACCGAGCAGUUUGGAACGAACGAGUGGCCUCCGCCACUUUAUGGACACACUUUGACUUAUUACAGAAACGCAGAUAGAGAGGAGUUUUUAGUUUUGAUUGGAGGAGACUCGCCGCAGAAUAGAUUUUGGAGCACUAUAUGGGAAUAUAAUAUUGAGAAAAAUGUUUGGAAAGCCGUGCUGACUAAAGGUAACGGUCCAGUGGGCAUUUUUGGACACACUACAGUAUUCCAUUCUCAAACAAACAGCUUGUAUGUAUUUGGAGGAUACGCUUACGACAAGGAUACUAGCAUAAUGUCGAAUAGUCUAUACAGAUUCGAGUAUGAAACCAAAAGUUGGAUCGAACUAACUAGUAGUAAUUCCGGAAAUGUGCCAAAGCCCAGGUUUUUCCAUUCGGCAGUUACCACUGAUCACUACAUGUUGGUAUUAGGAGGGCGAAUCUAUCCCUGGAAUGUUACCGAUGCUCUGUAUGCAUUUUCGUUCAGUUGCAAUCAGUGGAUCAACUUGAUGGCAGAGUCCGUCGAUAAAGUUGGUUCAUACCCGAAGCAAACGUAUGCUCAAGCAAUGACUAUUGAGCCCGAUGGAACAGCUGCUUAUGUUAUUGGCGGUUGGGGKAUUGAUUCACAAGCCACUGUCUUAAAAAUAGAAUUGCCGAUUGAUAUUUGCCACUUGUUCUCCACAAAGUCGAGCUGUUUAAGAGUACCAGGAUGUGGCUAUUGUUCUAAUCAACUUGCCAAUGUAACGGUAGCUCAAAUAUGUCACAGAAACACUUUGGAAUGUCCUUUGGAUACUGGAAAUGGUUCACGACAUUCGAACACUGGUCAUGUUUGUGAGGGAAAUGCACAAUACCCUAGUGGAAACUGUUCGUCGAUAACAGACUGUGCGACUUGCAAUUUAACGCCAGGGUGCGUGUUUUGCAACGGAACUAGUUCUUGUGUUACUUCAAUGGAUACUGAAUGCGCUGCUCAGGUCUGUCCCUUCAAUAAAUGCAGGACAUCGUUUUGCUCACAGUGCGAUAAUCCAGCUAAUUUAUGUGAAUGGAAUUUUAUCCCAAAGAAAUGUGAAGUGUCCAUGGACCAGCCUGUAUAGAACAUAGAUGGUCGGUUUACAAAUUCCACGAUGUUUACCCAUUUACA